AUGUGCCUUUAUCUCCCCACUAUCUACAAUUUCGGGACUAUCACUCAAGCCAAGAGGUCCAGCAGCAACCGGGCCAUUGCGACAUCCAAACCCCAGCAACACCGAGACAUGGUCCUAACCAGCUCCACUCGUAUGGCCACCAGCCCAGGUCUGGCUUCUCCUCAGCUGAGCGAUGCUGGAAGUACCAAGUCAACCAGGUCGAAUCGAUCUACCAGGUCCGUCCGAAUCGCCGAAGACAAGGGGCCAAUCGGUCCAGGACAGUAUACCGCAGGUGCUGAGAAGACUGGCCCAAAGAAAGUCCUCAAGCCCUCGUCUGACGCUUCCUCCUUCGGUGUCAACGACUCAGUACCAGCAGCUGGUGCCGCCAUCCAGGGUAUCCUUGUCGACCUUCUGACGUCUAUCAAGAGGUUCAAGUGCCCCAAAGACCUUGACUUCACACUCGAGCAUGAAGACGUUCUGAUGAUCGACUACACCCCAAAGAACGAGUCAUUCGUCGACCAGGUCAAGCUGCUAAACCGUCUUCGAAUCGCACUGCUCAGAGCUCCAACCCACCAGAACGACGAGCUAAUCGACAUGCACGAGAAGGUCACUAUGUCUGUCAACCGAGCCAUCCUGAAGAUGCUCCAUCAGCAGCUCACAUUCUAUCUUGACUUCAUUGGCAGCUUGUUCGUCUGCUAUAUCGAGUCGUUUACAUACCCUUCUCGACUUGACUUCUGUCUGGACGUCAGCGACCCAUGGCACCUGCCGCAAAGUCAGAGCAACAUGCCGUUCAUCAUUCAGUUCGACAGGAUGUAUGUGAUCCGAAUGCGGCUGACUGUGUUCGCAAAGCACGAUGAUGGCCAGUUCACUGAGAGGCUUGCGCAAAUGGAAAGGAGAGUAACGCAGGUGAUUGAUGAUAUGAUGAGCUACCAGGCGAGCUACGAGAAAGGGUGA